CCCACCAGUCAAUCCAAAGAGCACUCCCAUUGGCCCAAACAAGAAGGUUCUGAAGUCACAUGCUUUUGACUCUCCUGGAGGGCGGUGUUAGCUACCCCGGUUGAUGAAGGGGUUUGUUGAUAUUUGAGGAAAAAGUAGUUUGAAAAGGUAGUAUUGGAAAAUGGGAACUCGAGACGAUGAGUACGACUACUUGUUUAAAGUUGUACUUAUUGGCGACUCGGGAGUGGGGAAGAGUAACCUGCUGUCUCGUUUCACAAGAAAUGAGUUUAACCUGGAGAGCAAGAGCACCAUAGGGGUGGAGUUCGCCACCCGCAGCAUCCAGGUGGACGGAAAGACAAUAAAAGCACAGAUUUGGGACACAGCUGGACAAGAGCGCUACAGAGCAAUCACCUCAGCGUAUUAUCGGGGUGCAGUCGGGGCCCUCCUAGUUUAUGACAUCGCCAAGCACCUGACGUAUGAGAACGUGGAGCGCUGGCUGAAGGAGCUGAGGGACCACGCUGACAACAACAUCGUCAUCAUGCUGGUGGGAAACAAGAGCGACCUCCGCCACCUCAGGGCCGUUCCCACCGACGAGGCUCGAGCCUUCGCAGAAAAAAACACUCUGUCUUUUAUCGAGACCUCGGCUUUGGACUCCACCAAUGUAGAAGAAGCGUUCAAGAACAUCCUGACGGAAAUCUAUCGGAUUGUAUCUCAGAGGCAAAUAUCAGACAGAUCUGCAUCUAAUGAUUCACCAGGGGACAACGUGGUGGACAUAAGCGUCCCCCCAACGAUGGACGGGCAGAGAGGGAACAAGCUCCCCUGCUGCCAAAGCCUGUGACCCUCUCAGUCUUUUCCUGUCUUGACCUCUGCUUUAUCUCGUCUGUCACGCUUCUCUUAGUUUCCAAUUUCUCCAGAAAUGUCAGACAUCAGAUUCUUAAAUUUCGCAUUCCUUUUUUCUGUGUUUCCUCUCAUUCUACUCUGAUUUGUAAAGAAGCUGUCUAAAAUAUGUUUGUGCUUCUGGGUAGCAGGGUGGGAGAGGAUGAGGCUUUAUGCAGGUUGAAGCUGUCGUUAACUACGGUCCCUUUUUAAUUCACUCAACGAUGAUCCUGUUGACCCGCUCCUGGUGAGGGAUCAGCAGGCCUGCUCACCAAUGUUCCAAGCUGCUUCUGCUUCCCUCCUUUUCCCAUCAUAGCUGGUGUGAUUUUCAGUGAAAAUGUUGAAUUUCACGUCUGGUUGGUCUGAUUUAAGUCUGUCUAGCUAAAGAAGAGGAGCUGAUUAGUUUUGGAGUAAUGGUGUGUGGCCUGAAGUUUCUGGUUUCUGCUUUAGGCCCUUCUUAGCAUGAAAUUAGCAUGAGCCAGAAACCAGACUGGCUUUGACUGGCUGAUUUUAUCAGGGCUAAUGUGAAACAAAUGCUGUUUUAUUUUACUUUUUUGUGUGUGUGUUCGAUGUAGUUCGCAAAGAAACCAAAGGAAAACGGUUGCAAUCAAACUAAAAGUUUGUUCCAGCCUGCUAAUGUCCAGGUUUUUGCAAAGAAAAAUGAAAUGCUACAUAUUACAGAAGGUAUUGUUAAUUGCUGAGUCUGUCUGAUUAUCAGUGAGAUCAGAAGAUCAGCCUCUUGUUUUCAGGUCCUAUUUUGAAUAGACUCAAAAUGAAAAGGUAAUUGCACUAAUGUCCAACUAUUUCAAUGAAACGAUCUCCCCCUAAGCACGAAUGGCUCCGAGUGUUCCCGGAGAAGCAUUUUUCUGCUUGUUGCAACAUGAAAGCUGUUUUCAGUAGGGAAAUAUGGCACCAUGCGUGGUGUCCUUGUCUUGGGUUGUUGCCGUCUAUCUGUAACUAGAUGAGUAUGAGUAAUGUUCAAGGAUGUAUAAAAACAAAAUUCAGAAUGUUUCUCAUUUGAUCUUUGCUGACUAGAAAUUUUAGCUAUUAGUUGCUUUAGAGAAAGUAACUAAAAAGUAAGAAAGGCACAUUUUAUUUGAAUGGUUUUCUCUUAAUGCACCUGGUUUAAAAGCUUUGAUGUAUGAUUUAUUCAGUACUUUAUACAAUAGUUUACAUUUCUUCAAAAUAUUUGCAUGUGAAGUGAACAAACAAACACACCAUGCUACUUUUGCAUCCGUUGGAUAAUGUUGAAAUAAAGAAUGAUGUGUGGAAACCA